AAUACGAGCUCUUAUUUGUGAAGAGGAGACACUUUGAUUUGGGUCAACAAACUGAUAAUCAAGAGCAAGACGUUCCAUGAAUAAUAUUUCGUACUAUGCUGCUAAUAACAUUAUGAAGAUCAAGAGGAUGGAUAAAGACAAGAAUAAUGAACAACUUUCCCGUAUCACUAUUGAUUCAUCCAUCCAAGAUGAUGUCAGUCAGAUUGAAUUUGAUGUAACACGUACAUCCUCGGUUGCAUCCAUCGUCACCCAUGAGGGAUAUCCCUCAUUGGCAUCACUACGAGCCAUCUCCGAUAUCGAGCAUCGUUAUCAAUUGAUCGGCAAUAUCAAUGUUAUCAAUCAAUUGUUUAUGUUACACAGCUAUAUCCAUUCGAAAUAAGUUGCAAAGUGAACAGUUUGCAGGGAAGUUAAUCAAGACGUGCUUUGCAUCUGCUAUACGGAAACUUACGACUUUUUGGCGGCAGGACUGUCGGACGGGACCUUAAGGUUCUACAAAGUUAGCUCAGGGGAGAACACGCUGGUGCUGAGCGACGCGGAGAUGAUGCAGAUUCCGGCUCCGGUGACUGCUGUAAAGCAUCGACCUGUGCACAGAUCACACCCGAUUACUCGUACCGUGAUAGCGACUUAUGCCAACGGCUGCGUUAAAUGCUGGCAUUAUCCAACCGCGCAAUGUCUCUACACAAUACGGGAGAGACGGCAAACGCUUGGUCUAGCUUACCAUCCUACACUGCCGAAGUUCGUCACUGUCGGAGACGAUACGAAUCUAUAUUUGUACGACGAGGAAACAAAGACGCGGGAAAGAGUGUUUCGCGGAAGUGACGCGCCUGAUGUCAUGGAUGGUCAUAAAUCCAGGGUCUUCAGCGCCUGCUUCAAUCCCAAAUCCGCGCACGAGCUGAUAAGCGCUGGCUGGGACGACACCAUCCAGUUCUGGGAUACCAGACAAGCUCAUUCCCUUCGGUUCAUAUCGGGUGUACAUAUGUGCGCGGAUGGGCUAGACAUCAGUAGAAAUGGGAAAGAGAUUCUUACUUGUGCCUGGCAGAAGAACAAUCCUUUACAAUUGUGGGACUACGGUAGCGGCAGAUUGAUUAUCACUUUGGAACCGGACAGUUAUUCAUCUUUAUUAUACGUUGGAAAGUACGUAACAAAUAUGUAUAUCGCAUGCGGUGGCUGCGACACUGAUCUCUUCAGAAUUGUCGAUUUACGAUCUCAUUCUACUAUAGCCAUGAUCAAAUACUUCAAGGGCGGUGUAUAUAGUUUGGAUGUCGGCCCAUUAGAAUCAAAGUACAGUACACGGAUUCUUCCAAAGCUCGCUUUUUGCGCCGGGACAACAAUUUUCGAAGUAGACGCCCAGCCUAGUUGAUUGAUUUGUGACAUAUAUAUCUUUGAUAUGCAAUUUACGGAAUUAUUUUAUGCUUUAAAGCUUGAAAAAUAUAUAUAUUUACUUUGCAUGUACUUUCCAAAAUGUAGCUGACUUACAUUUGUUAACACAACGUAACAUACGUAACAUACAUACACGUUUGUAAAUAUCUGUCGAUAUAAGAUUUUGAUAAGACAAUUCUUUUAAUAUCUAUCGUUAUCGUAAAAAGACGGUCCUCUAAAAAAUUUUACAUAGCGUGAUACUAUUUCACAUUCUGUAUAAUAAUGCACGUUAAGUUGACGUGCUUCAAUUUUUCUCUCUUUAUAACUAUAAAAAAAUUAGGUCAAAAUAUGAUAUCGCUGUGGUGUAUAUAACGUACUGUUAGAGAUGAAAUAAAAUAACAAGAGGGAGAAAGAUGAUAACGAAUGCUAAAUAA